AUGGCGAUCGAGCGUGCCUUGUCGACCGCGCUCAACAGUGUCACAAGCUCCGAGAGCGCCAGUACCAAGAACAAGAUCGGUGCCUGCGCGCUGUGCUGCAAUGUCAUCUUGAGCAUCACCGGGACAGCCGUGCUGGGAGUGUCUGCGCAGAUGAAGACCUUCGGGUGGAUCCUGACCCCGGUGACGUUGGUCCUGGGCAUGCUGCUCACCUCUGAAAUGGUCCACCUGGUCGGCGUGACCAGCGAGACCAUCGAGUUGCGAACAGGAGAAGAGAUCCUCUCCUACCAAGACUAUGCGGAAGCCUCUUUGGGCAGGACUGGCUGGUGGCUCUCAGCAGUUUCCAGCACGCUCUCACUGUUUGGGAUGAUCUUCGGCGGGCUCAUUCUCGAGUCGGGCAACAUGCAGAUCACCUCGCCCAUCCAUUGGUCUUGGCCCCUGGGCGGAGAUCCGAUGGACGCCGGCCGAAAGUGGUGGGCUGUCCUGCUGACGUCCACCACGCUGUUCUACAGCUACGUGGACAUCGGGCACCUGCUGCACAACUCGGCCUGGAUAGGCGUGGGCCUGACCAUCUUUUGCUUAGUCUGCGUCUAUGCUGGGACCUUCGCGCAGUUCAAGAACCUGGAGGAUUUCAAUCCCGAUUGCGCCACAACCUUCAACCAGCCCUAUCGGAGUGUGGGCGUCAACGUGGGUGGCGAAGAGCCCCCCUUCGAAUCCUUCCUGAGCCUCUUCUCCGUCUUCUCCUACGUCAUGUACGCCUUCGCCAUCGUCGUCACUCUGCCGACUCUUAGGAGCACCAUGACAGACCGGAGCAAGCUGACGCCCAUGUGCAUCUUCGCCUUCGCAGUCGUCUCCAUGGAGUUCCUGGUCAUCAUGCUCGCCUACUACUGGGUCUUCGGAAACCUCGGGCCUGAGAACAUCAUCGACGGCAUGCGAGAGGGCCGCAGCCAACUUCAGCCAGGAUGGUGGGCCACGGUGGAUCCAUGGGGCGUGGGCCAGCCGAGCUGGCUGGGUCAGGCUCUGGGCUGGGGCAUCACUUUGCAUCUUCUCUGCUCUGAUGCCAUCUAUGUCCCUGUUACUGUGGUUUCUGUCGAAGCGCUUCUGCCGAAGCACGUCGCGGCCAGGAGGCGAGUCCAGUUUGCCGUGCGCCUCUUCGUCUCGCUCCUCCGUCUCUUCGUGGCGGCCUUAGUCAAGGACUUUGUGAAGAUGACCAAUCUCACCUCCGCCGCCUGCGUGACCAUGAACAAUCUCAUCCUGCCCAUCUUCGCCUUUCACAUCGCUGGCCCGUCAUCCAGCGCCGGGCCUCUGCGACGCGUCAUGCACCUCCUGAUCCUUGGCUUGGGCGCUUUCAGCAUGGUCUUCGGCACCGUCGGGGCUGUGCACGACCUCUGGGCUUCCCGGGGGGCUCCCGCCACUGGCAGCUUUCCUCGCCCAGGUAUCUCCACCCAGUGCUUCGACUCCUUCUGCAAGCUGAACCCCACCCAUGCGGGCUGUGGUGCCUUCCUCGACCUGUGCAACGACGAGACGUUGCUGCACCCCUUCUGCGACCUCCGCUUCACGCGAUUCCUGCAGGAGUACUACGAGGGCGGCAAAGUGAUGUACAUCCCCACGGACAAGCAGAAUCCCUGGGUCUACUACUACUCCACGGCGUAUCGAAGUCCGGACGACCAAGAGGCUUACGAGCAGUUCGUGGAGCAGGAUCAAGCCAGCACCGUGGUCAAGACUCAGAAAGAGGACAAGGAAGAGGCGCUCCAGCUUUGUCGCCAGAUGGGCGGAGGCCGCAAGCCCAGCUCUGAGGAGCUGGACGAGAUGACGGAGUUUGUAUCCGGGCUCAGACAGAACAUCGAGGCCAUGCUCAUCCGACAGUUUCCGGAGACGCCCAUGAAGAUCGGAGAGAUGAAGCGCAUCGCUGUGGGACAAGCACAGGGCCAGAUCUUUGCGCUGAAGUUGGCAGAGAAGCUCGCGCGGCGGGCCUGUGAGACCUUUGGCGUGCGCUUAGAGUAG